AUGAACCACGCCCACACUCUUCCGACUAAAGCCCAUGACAACAUCUCAACUGGGCUUCAAGGACCUACAGGCACCUCUAACCGCUCUUCUUGCCAAACACCCACCAAACAGAGCGACAACGCGUACAUCAAGCGCAUCGAAGACAGAGUCGCCGGUGAAGCAGGUGAGAUAAGCACCACGCGCGAUUGCCUUGAUCAAGCAAUGUGGAAACGCCUCAAGAAGCUGGCAAAGAAGACAUCGCACUGCCUCGGAGAGGAGGCAUCCAGCGCGAAACCAGCAAAGAAGCCAAAGCAGACUGCUCCGGCAUACGGCGAAUACUCCAUGCCAUACAUUUUCUGUUAG